AUGGCGGCGGGAAAGGCGGCGGCUGAGCCCGUGGGGCGGACGGCGGAAGAAGUGGCUUGGGCGGAGGCGCUGCGCGGGACUUGCGAGCCCGAGCACCACUGGCGGCACCGCCGGGAGUUCCUGCUGCGCAACGUGGGGGAGCCGCCGGCGGCGGGCAGCGCCCAGCUCCAGCGCCUUGUGUCCCUCUCAAUGGUGUGGGCCAACCACGUCUUCCUGGGCUGCCGAUAUCCCCCACAGGUCAUGGAGAAAGCGCUGGAAAUGGCCGAAGGUAUCCAGGUGACUGGCGCGCCUGUCCGCACCACGAGAGAUGAACUGGUUGCCAAGGUGAAGAAAAGAGGCAUAUCAAGUAGCAAUGAAGGGCUAGAAGAGCCCCCCAAGAAGCAAGCUGUUGAGAAAAGCAGAGAAUCUAAGGAUACUGGAAAGGAUAUGAGAACAACUAAGGCAGAAGCCCAAAAGGAAACAGAGAGCACAUUGCCAAUAAAGCAGGAAAAAGAUACCAGCAAAGAUCUAGAAAACUCACAGGCAACUUGUACUUCAGACCAGGAAAUGGUCACAGCCUCAGACACAGAAACAGAACGAAAACCUGCUAAUGCUGAAAACACUACUGAGCAAAAUACAGCAUCUUCUGAAAAAGAGUCAGGAGAGAAGCCUUGCUCAAAUCCACCUAAAGAAAGCAAGCUUGAAAAUGUGCCAUCACCUGAAAAGAAAGCGACAGUAAGUGCAGUGCCCCUGGCUGCCAAGAGCACCACACAGGCAGCAGCAGUGUCAGUAGCACCAGCUGCCAAGGGUGCCCCACAGGCAGAGUCAGUGGUGGUGCCACCAGCUGCCAAGAGCACCCCGCAGGCAGAGGUGGCGGCAGCAGGAGUGCCACCAGCUGCCAAGAGUGCCCCGCAGGCAGAGGCAGUGCUUCCAGCCGCCAAGAGCAGCCUGCAGUCAGAGGCAGUGGCAGCAGCAGUGCCACCAGCUGCCAAGAGCACCCUGCAGGCAGCAGCAGUGCCACCAGCUGCCAAGAGCACCCUGCAGGCAGCAGCAGUGCCACCAACUGCCAAGAGUACCCCUCAAACAAGUGCUGCAUUGCUGUCUUCCAAAAACCAAGCGAGUGCCCCAGCAUCAGUGUCCAAGAGCACUGCUCAGGCAGGCAGCUCGCUGCUGCUGGCCCCCAAGAGUGGCACUCAGGCAAGCAGCUCGCUGCUGCUGGCCCCCAAGAGCGGUGCCCAGGCAGGCACCUCCCUGCUGCUGGCCUCCAAGGCUCCUGCUAAGGUGGGCUCCCCGCUCCUGGCCUCCAAGAGCAGCGCUGAGGUGGCUGCCUCAUUGCUGGCUGCUCGGAGCGGUGCUCAGCAGGGCUCCUCGCUGCUAACUUCCAAGAGCAGUGCUCAGGUGGCUGCUUCAUUGCUGGCUGCUCGGAGUGGUGCUCAGCAAGGUCCCUCAUCGCUGGCCUCCCGGGGUGCAGCUCAGGCAGGUGCUUCCCUGCAGGCUUCCAAGGGUGGCUCACAAGCGGGUGAAAGCCCCGCUAAGGCUUUGUGCAAACCAUUAACCAAUGAAGAUGCAAAGGAAAGACAACCUUUUUUCAACAGACUAUAUAAAGCGGUAGCCUGGAAACUGGUUGCUGUUGGAGGCUUCAGUCCUAAUGUAAAUCAUGCAGAACUUCUAAACUCAUCUAUUCAGUCUGUAAAAGCUACAUUAGAUGUUGCUUUUGUUCCCCUGAAGGAACUUGCAGACUUGCCUCAAAAUAAGAGCUCCCUAGAAAAUAUAGUUUGUGAACUGAGGUGCAAGUCUGUCUAUUUGGGUACUGGCUGUGGUAAAAGUAUGGAAAAUGCCAAAGCAGUUGCUUCAAGAGAAGCUUUAAAAUUAUUCCUCAAGAAGAAAGUUAUUGUGAAGAUAUGUAAAAGAAAAUACAAAGGUAGUGAAAUUGAAGAUUUGGUACUUCUGGAUGAAGAAUCAAAACCUUCGAAUUUACCUCCAGCUUUAAGAAAUCCUCGUGAGAUCUUGUAGGGGUGAAUCACUAUUUGUACUGCGUAUAGUAUUUCAACACAAGGACUAAAGGUUAAUUUUGUAUUUUAAAAAUGCAGGCUUCCAGAUAUUUUGUAUUUCUUUCUCAGUUUUGCAAGACAAUAAUAGUCCUUUUCACUUGGUAGCAAUUGUAUAAAACUUGUUAGAGAUGACGAGUGCGCAUUUAAAGGUAUGCCUUAAUAUGUAGCACACUAGUGUGCUGGUUUAUUUGCAAAAUAAAAUAGUCUACCUAAUUCUUCUAUUUUUAAUUAAACGAUUAAGGUACAAUUUGCUGUUUAAAACCUGACAAUUUUGUAAUUCUUACGAUUUGAUGGCAGUGUGCUCAAUUGUCUACCAUGUCUUUUUUAGCCACAUAGAAGUAUGUAUAUAGGGACCAUCAUUAUUGAAUGAUUGGAAGUCGUUUAAAAAUUUCAAUCAAAGAGUUGAAUCAUCUGUUUCAGGUGUGUUGUUCAUAAUGGUCACUGUUGGUCGUACUAAGAGAAAAUACUUGGUUGACUAUUUUUAUGGGAUGUUUUCAUAACACUUGGAAUAUAAAUGACAUCCUAAUUCCCUUUAGCAUUGUACUAGCAGGUUAGAUCCCAUUUAGCCUUAUACUGGCAAGUUAUCCAUUAGCAGUCAAGUCACAGCUGCUUCAGUCACCAAAACUUCUGUAAGCAGACUUAAUUUAUAUUGUGAAAUAUAAUUUAGUUUUUUCAAAUAAACAUUAAUUUCUACACUAAGCAUAUUUUGACUGCUGCUAAGACAAUAAAACCUCUGGGAUAUGCUUUUAUAGUACAUGGGUUUGGGCUAUUAAAUAUUCCAGCCAUUUCAAUAAUUUUUUCAACACCUUAAGAGAAGCUUCACUUCGAGUGGCUUCAAGGUGUGUUCCCACAAGGACAAGUUGGUUUUUUUGGAUGUGUAGUUGAAACACUGUAAAGUUGAUAGAGUGGACCUAUAGAAUAUCUACUACUACUUUGGUCAUAAGGAAUAAUGAAGAUGGCUUCUCUAUGAUGGAGACUGCGUGUGUAUUGUAAAGCAUUAACUCUAAUUGAGCCUGGGCUUUGCUGUGUUUUUAUGCCGUGUACAGGAUGGUUUGAUGCAAAGAAAGUGGGCGAUUACCUUUUGUUUUCAGUGUUACAGUACUGCAUAAACUGCAUGUUUUGAUAUAUUGGAUAAUGACAUGUAAUUGUAAAAACAUAAUGUCUUCAGUGCUAUUUUGAAUUAAUCUUGUCUAAUUACAGUAGUUAGUGUUAUUUAAUGGAGACCUUACACUUGACUGACAGAUCCAUUGAUUGAGUACUAGAGCAGUGAGUAGGAGUUCCUGGGAUCUCGGUAGUGUGUGUCCACCUAAGGAUUUCAAGUUCUGUUGUGAUUUUGGGACUAAACCACAGUGGCAUUGUACCCUAUGCGAUUUUGAACAGUUGUGGCUGUCCAGCCCGUAGCACCUGAAGCCUGCAAGGUGCUUGUGCUUCACGAUGCCCAGAUGAGAACUUGCUCUGUCCCUUGUGCAUCUGUGCUAUUGGCCACCUUUCUCUCAUUAGGUUUCUCAGGAGUUUCCCCUCAGUGUUUCUGAAGCACCACUCAGCGUUGAGAAUACAGUGCAUUAAAUUGCAUCUCACGUGGUGUAAGAAUUGGUGUGUGCUUCUGGUGCAGAGCAAGUUUUAUGCUGGAUUCAGGAGCUGUGGUAUUUGUGCCAGGAAGCGUGAGAUCUAUUUCCAAAUCCUCACCCUGCUCAGGUGGAGAUGCAUAAUGGCCGUUUCUGCGGGGCAGGAGUUGUGUCCUGUGCCCUCUGCAGUACAGCUGUGGUGCAGUGUUAAAGCCUGUGUUUCUCACAAAGUGAAGCUCACGUUAUUUACUGACCUCAGGGGGGUGUUGGGGUAACUGUGUUAAAAGGCUGGGGUGCUAGAUGCCUUUUUUUUAAAGUCCUGACUUAAAGCUUACUUUUUUUAACAAUUUUUGAAUGUUAUUCCUCUUUGAUGUUUGGUUGUGAUUCAUUAAAGGACAAGUCUAGCUACUCUUCA